CCCUUCGAAGGACCCGUUGAACACACCUUGAACCCCACGCCAGAGCGCAGUUCACAGCGCCGCCCGGAACUGCAGCUACGCGACGCGAGCCAAGGCCAGGGGUCGCGCAUCUUCGCCGGACUGAGCAGCCCGGCGCGAGCGAUAACAAACAGUUGGGGCAGUGAGCGCCCCCCGCCCCGGCUCUGAGAGCACGCCGGCCCCGGGCCCCACGCGGGGCGCCCGUCCGCCCACCAUGAGGAAGAUCCGAGCCAAUGCCAUCGCCAUCCUGACCGUAGCCUGGAUCCUGGGCACUUUCUACUACUUAUGGCAGGACAACCGAGCCCAUGCAGCAUCCUCCGGCGGCCGCGGCGCGCAGAGGGCCGGCGGGAGACCGGAGCAGCUCCGGGAGGACCGCACCAUCCCGCUCAUUGUGACAGGAACACCCUCCAAAGGCUUUGAUGAGAAGGCGUACCUGUCAGCCAAGCAGCUGAAGCCUGGAGAGGACCCAUACAGACAGCAUGCUUUCAACCAGCUGGAGAGUGACAAGCUGAGCCCGGACCGACCCAUCCGGGACACCCGCCACUACAGCUGCCCCUCCUUGUCCUAUUCUUCGGACCUGCCGCCCACCAGUGUCAUCAUCACCUUCCACAACGAGGCUCGCUCCACCCUCCUGCGCACCGUGAAGAGUGUUCUGAACCGCACUCCUGCAAGCUUGAUCCAGGAGAUCAUUCUGGUGGACGACUUCAGUUCCGACCCUGAAGACUGCUUGCUUCUGACUAGGAUCCCCAAGGUCAAGUGCCUUCGAAAUGACAGGCGGGAAGGACUGAUCCGCUCCCGGGUUCGCGGGGCAGAUGUGGCGGGAGCCACGGUUCUCACCUUUCUCGAUAGCCACUGCGAGGUGAACGUGGAGUGGCUGCAGCCCAUGCUGCAGCGGGUGAUGGAGGACCACACCCGGGUGGUGAGCCCCAUCAUUGAUGUCAUCAGCCUGGACAAUUUCGCCUACCUCGCAGCAUCUGCGGAUCUCCGAGGAGGAUUCGACUGGAGUCUGCAUUUCAAGUGGGAACAGAUCCCCCUGGAGCAGAAGAUGACCCGGACAGAUCCCACCAAACCCAUCAGGACACCUGUUAUAGCUGGAGGAAUCUUCGUGAUUGACAAGUCCUGGUUUAAUCACUUGGGGAAGUAUGACGCCCAGAUGGACAUCUGGGGAGGAGAGAAUUUCGAACUCUCCUUCAGGGUAUGGAUGUGCGGUGGCAGCUUGGAGAUUGUACCCUGCAGCCGGGUGGGCCAUGUCUUCAGGAAGCGGCACCCCUACAAUUUCCCCGAGGGCAAUGCCCUCACCUAUAUCAGGAAUACAAAGCGUACCGCAGAGGUAUGGAUGGAUGAAUACAAGCAAUACUACUAUGAGGCCCGGCCCUCAGCCAUUGGGAAGGCCUUCGGCAGUGUGGCCACACGGAUCGAGCAGAGGAAGAAGAUGGACUGCAAGUCCUUCCGCUGGUACCUGGAGAAUGUCUAUCCUGAGCUCACGGUCCCAGCGAAGGAAGUGCUCCCUGGCGUCAUUAAACAAGGCAUCAACUGCUUAGAGUCCCAGGGCCCAAACACAGCAGGUGAUCUCCUGCUUGGAAUGGGGAUCUGCAGAGGGUCGGCUAAGAGCCCUCCACCAGCUCAGGCAUGGCUGUUCAGCGACCACCUCAUCCAGCAGCAAGGGAAAUGCCUGGCUGCCACCUCCACCUUAAUGUCCUCCCCUGGAUCCCCAGUAAUACUGCAAGCGUGCAGCCCUAAAGAAGGCAAACAGAAAUGGAGAAGGAAAGGCUCUUUCAUCCAGCAUUCCGUCAGCGGCCUCUGCCUGGAGACAAAGCCUGCCCAGCUGGUGACCAGCAAGUGUCAGGCAGAUGCCCAGGCCCAGCAAUGGGAACUGCUGCCACACACAUGACGGUGGCCCCCAGCCUCCUGGACCUUCUGCAUGAGACUUGGGGACUGGAAGGGGUUAGGGUGGGGGAGUGUCACUCGGGCUGUUUCCCAUCUCUUCACAUUUCUACUGGAUCAUCGGUACACACCCCUACUGCGCGCGCGCGUUUCUCCCAAGCUCGUUCAGGGAGGGUGUGGGGGCAUGCUCCAUGCCCUCUGUGCCACCCCAGUCUUGCUCCGGGAGCGGAGAUGGUUAGUGUGCAGCUGUCCUGGCCAGAGACUCGGCAGUUGCUCCUGGCCCUUCGUCUUGGCCCUUUGGGGGCCCCAGACAGUGGUGUGUGGACCUUCCCCUUGUUGCCUGGUAGGGACAAGGAUGGAAAGCCUACCGAGGGGCCAGGUUGGGUCACAGGGCUAGCCUGAGGUCAACACAAGAGGACGGGGGGCAGCGUGUGUGUGAAGAGGCUGAAGGC